UUGGAAAGCAAAAUGAAUGAAAAGAGCAGAAAAAAUAAACAAACUUCUUAUAAACAAUACCAGAAAAUGUACGCUCCGGCAGACGAAGAUUAUUUUUGCAAUUAUAAUUUUAGCAAAAAUGCAGAAAGUAUUUUGCCAACAGUAGAGCUGAUGGUUAACUUUCGGUUGGAAGGCGAACGUUUGAAAAAGCCUUGCAUUGUGUGUGCGGAAAAAAUUACAUUUAAGGGAUUACUUCAACUGCGACUGACAGAAAAGAAUGAUCACCGGCGCAUGUAUAUUACAACCAUUGAUGGCGGUUCUUUCAAUGAAUUGAAGCAAGACCAGUCCUUGCAUGUUACUUUCGCAGGUUUCAUAGAAAAUCUAUCGCGAAUGUUACAAGACUGCCGGGCGUUGAAGCUCGAAUUAGCUCUGGUGCAAAAGCAGUUUAAUUCAGCAGAUGAGGCCGUAGAAUAUCAAUUGCAAUUUGUAGAGAUGCGAAGUUUUAAGAAUUUAAUUCAUUUAUGCCUGCCAAGUCGUAUAGCUCCAUUAAAUGUGGUAUUAUUUUAUAUGAGUAGCAGAUUUGAUGCAAUACAGAAAAGAAAUCUGGCUCAAGAGAAUCAAAUACAGACGCUGCAGCAGGAACUUGACAUGCAUUUACGUACAAUUGACCAGUUAAAUACGGAAAAUGGAAAACUAAGGGAUAAUUUGGUUGAUAAUUCCAGAAAUUUAAAUCAACGACACGCCGAGGAGUUAAAGCAUUUGCAAGACAACCUACGUAAGGCAAAUGAGCAAAAACAUAUCGAAAACGAACGGAGUCAAAAUACAAUUACCGCUUUACAGUUGCAAAUAGAUAGAUUAAUUGCGGAUAAAAAUAGUCUGCAAAAUGAAAAAACUAAGGACCAAAAACGUAUGGAAAUGCUUAAUGAGGAAUUAAGUGGCGCAAAAUCGCAUAGCACGACAUUAAAAGAGCAAAUUGAACGCCUACAUGCAGAAAUAUCCUCCAUGAAAAAUACAGAACGCAAAAAAGAAAUGCAUCUUGUAGAUGCUCGAAAUCAUAUAUCGGAGCUUCAGGAAAAAUUAAAAAAAUAUGACAAAGCUAAGGCCGAUAUUCUUGCUGAGUUAGAAGCCGAGAAAAAAAUUUCGCAAACAAAGCGUAAAGCUCUAGAAAUGGCUGCUGAAGAGAUAUCUAAAGCAAAUGAAAUAAUUUUAAAACAAACACAAGAGCUUAUCAAACUCAAAAAGACCAUAAAUUGGCGAACGGAAGUUGCUCUGCAACAGGAGAAGGCCAUUGAAGAUAAGGAUAAGCUACUGCAAUUACGAGAAAAAGAAUUAACACAGUCUCGACAAACUAUCGAGACCUUGCGGGAAGAAAUACCACAGCAACUCGAUGCUAUGCGUAAAUUUGCCAAUACACUUGAACAGAAAUAUAGCGAACAAAUCAAUGCUUUAAAAGAAAGAUUAAAUUAUUCUGGAAAGGAGAAUAUUUCCCCACAAAUGUCUACAUCAUCUUGUCGCCGCAAAUGAGUGACUUUCAUAGUUGUUUUUGUAAUUUAAAUCCCACCGUAUCUUAGUACAAAAUUUGUUAUUUUUUAAACUUUUACAUUUUUAUA